GGCUUCAAGAUGGGAUUCGCUCCAGUUCCAACAGCCGCAGCGGGAGCCGGGAGCGGCGGGAGGAGCAGACGGACACCUCGGAUGGGGAAUCCGCGACCCAUCACAUCCGCAGGCUCAACCAGCAACCUUCCCAGGGGCUGGGGCCCAGAGGCUACGACCCCAACCGAUACCGGCUGCAUUUUGAACGGGACAGUCGGGAGGAGGUGGAGAGGAGAAAGAGAGCGGCCAGGGAGCAAGUCCUGCAGCCGGUCAGUGCUGAAGUGCUGGAACUGGAUAUCCGGGAAGUCUAUCAGCCUGGCUCCGUCCUGGACUUUCCCCGCCGGCCUCCUUGGAGCUACGAGAUGUCCAAGGAACAGCUAAUGAGCCAGGAGGAGCGGAGCUUCCAGGAGUACCUCGGGAAGAUACAUGGAGCCUACACUUCGGAGAAACUCAGCUACUUCGAGCACAAUCUGGAGACGUGGAGGCAGCUGUGGCGGGUGCUGGAGAUGGCUGACAUCGUCUUGCUGGUUACUGACAUCCGACAUCCAGUUGUGAACUUCCCCCCAGCACUUUAUGAGUAUGUGACUGGAGAGCUCGGGCUGGCGCUGGUGCUGGUGUUGAACAAGGUGGACCUGGCCCCGCCCCCGCUCGUGGUGGCCUGGAAGCAUUACUUUCAGCACCAGUACCCUGAGCUGCACAUUGUCCUCUUCACUUCUUUUCCUCGGGACACCCGAGCUCCGCAGGAGCCUGCCAGUGUCUUGAAGAAGAAUCGAAGACGGGGCAGAGGAUGGACUCGGGCCCUGGGGCCAGAGCAGCUGCUGAGAGCCUGCGAAGCCAUCACUGUGGGGAAAGUGGACUUGAGCAGCUGGCGGGAGAAGAUUGCUAGGGAUGUGGCUGGGGCCUCCUGGGGUAAUGGCUCUGCUGAGGAGGAAGAAGAGGAGGAUGGGCCAGCGGUCCUGGUAGAGCAGCAGACUGACUCGGCGCUGGAGCCCACAGGCCCCUCUAGGGAGCGCUACAAGGAUGGGGUGGUGACCAUCGGCUGUGUAGGUUUCCCCAACGUGGGGAAGUCCUCACUGAUCAACGGGCUGGUGGGCCGGAAGGUGGUGAGCGUCUCCAGGACACCAGGCCAUACCCGGUACUUUCAGACCUACUUUCUCACCCCCUCUGUGAAGCUCUGUGACUGUCCGGGCCUUAUCUUCCCCUCUCUGCUGCCCAGGCAGCUGCAGGUUCUGGCCGGAAUCUACCCCAUCGCCCAGAUCCAGGAGCCCUACACUUCCGUGGGCUACCUGGCCUCCCGCAUCCCCGUGCAGGCCCUGCUGCACCUGCGCCACCCGGAGGCCGUGGACCCUUCAGCGGAGCACCCCUGGUGUGCCUGGGACAUCUGCGAAGCUUGGGCAGAAAAACGUGGCUACAAGACAGCCAAGGCAGCUCGAAAUGACGUGUACAGAGCGGCCAACAGCCUCCUUCGCCUGGCAGUGGACGGCCGCCUCAGCCUGUGUUUCCACCCGCCCGGUUACAGCGAACAGAGAGGCACCUGGGAGUCUCAUGCGGAGACCACAGAACUGGUGGUGUUGCAGGGAAGGGUGGGGCCAGCAGGUGAUGAGGACGAUGAAGAGGAGGAAGAGCUGAGCAGCUCCUGUGAGGAGGAAGGGGAAGAGGACCGGGAUGCUGAUGAGGAGGGAGAAGGAGAGGAGGACACUCCAACGUCAGGCCCUGGGUCCUGCCUGGCUGCCCGGAACCCAUAUGCUCUGCUGGGUGAGGACGAAUGCUGAGCCCCUGCCGAGCCCCGCCCGGCGCCAUCCUCCCUCUGUCGCUUUGCUUUUGGACUGAGCUGGACGUGUCUUCCCUCUGCCGCCCCGAUUGUGAAUAAAGAUUGUCUGCUUUGUA